UUUAUGACUAUGCUGUAUACAUAGGUAUACAUGCAGUCUCUGUUGCCGAUGGCAUUACACGCACCAAUGGAACAAAAGAGAUUGUCUCUCUCCGUUCAAAAGAGCUUUCUAAAUUCCCAAGCGCCAGCAGAAGGCCUCCGAACUCCAGCGCGGACAAACAGAAUUGAUUACUACCAACGCAGCAUCAACAGCAGUUGAUGGAAAUUUUACAUGAAGACUCCGUCAUCAUCCAUCCUCGAUUAAUUGAAUCAUUGGAAUCUGGACAUUUUCAGAAAGGAUAUUAUACAAUGUUGACGUUUGUGUUGUCAUUACCUUUCCUGAUCGGUUUGCUCGUUGUGGCAACCCUCGGGGUCGUCAAAGCUUACCUGCUGAUGAUGAGGGGAGUGUGCAGGAGCACCAAUAACCUGACGGGCAAAACGGUCAUCAUCACCGGAGCCAACACGGGAAUCGGCAAGGAAACGGCCAUCGAUUUGGCCAAGAGAGGUGCUCGAGUCAUUCUGGCUUGUCGAGAUACUAAGAAAGCCCUGGCUGCCAAAGAUGACAUUGUUCGAGAGUCCGGUAAUGAUAACGUGAUUGUCCGUCACCUUGAUUUGGCCUCGCUCUGGUCCGUUCGCCAAUUCGCUUCUGAGAUUCUGAAGAAUGAGCCUCGACUCGACAUCCUCAUCAAUAACGCCGGAUGUGUGACGAUGGAGAAAAAAUUGACACCUGACGGACUCGAGUAUCAGAUGCAGGCUAACCAUUUUGGCCACUUCUUGUUGACCAAUCUGUUAUUAGAAUUGCUAAAGAAAUCAGCUCCAUCCCGGAUUAUUAACGUCUCCUCUUGUUUGUACACCUGGAAGAGGACUUUGGAUUUGAACAACUUGAAUUCGGAGCUGUCUUAUAACAACAGCAGUUUAUAUCACGGAGUGUAUUACAAUUCUAAAUUGGUCCAAGUCCUAUGCACUCGGCAUCUCGCACCUCUGAUUUCUCAAUCCGGCGUUACGGUUAAUUCCGUGUGCCCGGGUCUAGUAAACACUGAAAUAUUUCGCUCGACUUCUUCUUGGUUCCAAAUGGCAGCUUCCUUCGUCCUUUUUAUUUUCUCCAAGACAGCUAAAGAAGGAGCGCAAACUUCCAUUCAUGUAGCUGUAGCCAGCGAAAUCUCUGACGUCACUGGCCAAUUUUUCUGUGAUUGCAGGAUCAUCAAAACUUCAAAGUUGGCCGAUAAUCCCAACCUAGCAAAGAAGGUGUGGGAGAUCAGCGAAACUUGUGUCGAUCUGAAACCGGAAGAGCGGAAUUACUGAAAAGUUAUGCCCUAUCUAAUCGGCGAUAAUCACCCAGGAAGAAAGUAUCCGUCAUAAAACGUCUUUCAACAGGAAAACUGCCUCAAGUUCGAUUUGAACCUUCGUGUUCUUAUUUUAUUCAUCUUCUUAUCUUUUUUUUUUGUUUUAUGAGCGAAUAAACGUUUCUAUCCUUA